AUGGCGGCGCCCGCGGGGCCGGAAGCGGAAGUGGCUCCGCGGAUGCGCCGCGGGGCAGCUGCGGCCCUCCUGAGCCCCCUCCCCACCAUGUUGCUGCUGCCCUUCUCUGCCCUCGCCCUGUUCCUCCUCACCUGCCUGGCUCUGGAGCCGCCCCCGCGGCGCCCCUCGCCCUCCAACCCUGCCUUCCGCGGCUUCCAGCGGCAGUUCCUGCUGGGCUACCUGCCGGCACUGGCUGCGGACUGGCUGCAGGGCCCGCUGCUCUUCCAGCUGCUGCACAGCCGCGGCUUCCUGCGCAGCCAGAUCGCCGCCCUCUACUCCUGCGGCUUCGCCUCCAACGUCACCUUCAGCCUCAUCUCCGGGUCUUUUGUGGACCGGCUCGGCCGCAAGAAGUCCUGCGUGCUGUCCUCGGGGCUGUGCUCCGUGUCCUGCCUGCUGCAGCUCUCCCAGGAUUUCCUGGCACUGGCAGCCGCCCGGCUGCUGGCGGGGCUCGGCACCUCCCUGCUCUUCUCUGCCUUUGAGUCCUGGUACAUCCACGAGCACUUGGAGCGCCACGACUUCCCAGCCGAGUGGAUUGCUGACACCUUCUCCUGCGUGGCCCUCUGGAACAGCGGGCUGGCCGUGGCAGCGGGCCUGCUAGCUGAGCUGGUGGCCGAGGGGCUGGCGCUGGGCCCUGUGGCCCCAUUCCUGGUGGCAGUGCCCUUCCUGGCUCUCUCGGGGAUCUUGGCUGGGAAAAACUGGGAUGAGAACUACGGGAAGAGCCGGCCCUGUGGGAAGGCCUGCAGGGAAGGCCUUCGAGGCCUCGUAUCCGACCCACGGGCCCUGCUCCUGGGGCUGGUGCAGGCUCUCGUGGAAAGCAUCCUCCUCAUCUUUGCCUUCCUUUGGACACCCGUCCUGGAGCCGCACGGGAUCCCGCUGGGAAUCGCCUUCUCGGGCUUCACGGCCGCCAGCGCCGCGGGCUCGGCGCUGUUCCGGCGCGGCGUCGCCGGGAGGCUCCGGCUGCAGCCGCUACGGCUCCUGCCCGCCUCCGUGCUGCUCCUGGCGCUGGCCCUCCUGCUCCUGGCACUGCCGCUGCACCCCCCCGGCGGCUUCCUGGCCGUGCUGCUGCUGCAGCUCUCCUGCGGGAUGUACUUCCCGGCCAUGGCGUUCCUGCGGCGCCGGCUGGAGCGCGGGGGGGACGCGGCGGGAGGGGCGCGGUGGCUGCGGCUGCCCCUGGGGCUGGGGGUGGCGCUGGCGCUGCCGGCCCUGCCCGGGGACCCCGCGGGGACGCGAGGGGUGUUCGGGGCCGCGGCCCUGGCGGCGCUGGCGGCGCUGGGGGCAGCCGGGGGCGUCCUGGGCACCAGCCGCGGGGACGAGGGGCUGAGGGUGGGGGACGAGGGGCUGCUCGAGGGGGACACUGCGGAGUGAGGAGGACACCGCGACAGGGACACUGGGACAGCUCAGCAGCGACACCUGGGUGUGAUGGGAACACUGGGACAGUUCGAGGGGGUCACUAAGGUGUGACAGGAACACUGGGAUGGGACAGGGACACUGGGACAGCUCGA